UGUUAUCGAUGCACUGCCAUCACUAUCUCGCCGCUUUAUUUUUCUCAGAGGUUUUCCGUGGUUUUUAAGUAAUUAAAUUAAGACUAGGCCGCCAUGCCGUACGCCAACCAGCCGUCCGUGCAGAUAACCGAGCUGACCGACGACAAUGUGAAGUUCGUCCUGGAGGACACAGAGCUGAGCGUGGCCAACAGCCUGCGACGCGUGUUCAUCGCGGAGACGCCGACGCUGGCCAUAGAUUGGGUGCAACUGGAGGCCAACUCCACAGUGCUGUCGGACGAGUUCCUGGCCCACCGCAUCGGCCUGAUACCGCUGAUCUCCGACGACGUGGUCGAGCGGCUGCAGUACACGCGCGACUGCAUAUGCCUGGACUUUUGCCCCGAGUGCAGCGUGGAGUUCACCCUGGACGUCAAGUGCAGCGAGGAGCAGACGCGCCACGUGACCACCGCCGACCUGAAGUCGAGCAACGCCAAGGUGCUGCCGGUGACGUCGCGCAACCAGGGCGAAGAGGACAACGAGUACGGCGAGAGCAACGACGAGAUCCUCAUCAUCAAGCUGCGCAAAGGCCAGGAGCUGAAGCUGCGCGCCUACGCCAAGAAGGGAUUCGGCAAGGAGCACGCCAAGUGGAAUCCCACGGCGGGCGUGUGCUUCGAGUACGACCCGGACAACUCCAUGCGGCACACCUUGUACCCGAAACCAGACGAGUGGCCCAAGAGCGAGCACACCGAGCUGGAGGACGACCAAUACGAGGCGCCCUACAACUGGGAGGCCAAGCCGAACAAGUUUUUCUUCAACGUGGAAUCCUCCGGCGCCCUCAAGCCCGAGAAUAUCGUAAUCAUGGGAGUGCAGGUGCUGAAGAACAAGCUGUCCAACCUGCAGACGCAGCUCAGCCACGAAUCCCAGAACGAUGCCUUGGCCGUUUGAUGUAUAACAAGUUUAUUUUUAGUUUAUAAAAGUUUCUCCGCCUAAUCCUUGAACAA